UGGAAACGACCGGCUCUAUCUUGGUUUGGUCAUACCUUGUUAUCGACAAGCGGGUUAGCAACGAGAGCUGAUGUUUGCUACGAACAUAUAAACACGGCUAGCUAGCUAGCUAAAUCACCACGCAUUACUCACUUAUAAGGAUAAUUGAUCGGCACAUCAACACAUUUUAAGUAAAGUAUGGAUUCCGUCAACGCUUUCAACUUGGAGUUAUUCGCCAUGAUUGACAUGAAGCCUCCAAUAUCACGAGCAAAGAUGAUGUCAGUCACUAAAUCAGCAAUAAAGGCUAUCAAGCUAUACAAGCAUGUCGUCCAGAUUGUGGAGAAGUUUAUCAAGAAGUGUAAGCCAGAGCUGAAGGUUCCUGGCCUAUACGUGGUGGAUUCUAUUGUCCGACAGUCACGACACCAGUUUGGAGUGGACAAGGACGUCUAUGGACCAAGGUUCCAAAAGAACUUCACCCCGACAUUCCAGAACCUCUACCUCUGUCCACACGAUGACAAGAGUAAGAUCAUCCGUGUUCUCAACCUGUGGCAGAAGAACGCUGUGUUUGAGAUGGAUGUUGUCCAGCCCCUGUUGGACAUGGCUACUGGCUCUUUGGUCCUUGCUCCCUCCCCCCAGGAGGACCUCCAGGCCCAGCCCCCAGUCUCCAUAGCAGCAGCCCAGCCCACAGUCUCCAUCGCAGCAGCCCAGCCCACAGUCUCCAUAGCAGCAGCCCAGCCCCCAGUCUCUAGUGCCUUCGUUGCAGCAGCCCAGGCCCAGCCCACAGUCUCCAGUGCCUCUAUUGCUGCAGUCCAGCUCCCUGUCUCCAUAGCAGCAGCCCAGCACCAGCCCCCUGUCUCCAUAGCAGCAGCAGCCCAGCCCCCUGUCUCCAUAGCAGCAGCCCUGCCCCACCUCCCACCACAGCUUCGGAACCCUGAGGCUCUGGCGGCUGUGGCCCAGCUCUUCCAGUCUGGACAGGGACACGAGCUUCAGAAGAUGCUUCUGAGGUUCCAGUCAGGGCAGCAGACCACCACUCUGGUUCCCAACACCAUGGCGGACGAGACUCAAACUACAGUUCCCAGCACCGUGUCUGACCAGACCCACUCGCAGAGGGUCCAAGGCCAGCAUAACACACACCGUCCACUGUUCAACACACACCACACACAUCCUGCAGAGCAGAAUAACUCGCUAGCUAAGAAACUCCUGGACCGGUUUGAUUACGACGACGAACCAGAAGAAGUGAAGAAAGAGGAAUUGGAUUCCCUUGUUCCGGGAAACGUUUACGGUGGCCAGUUUCCUGGUCAGACGCCGCCCAACAUGGAGCUGCAAUUUCAGGGUCAUAUGAUGGGCCAGCCUGGGAGGCAGCAGACACCUGGUGAAGGAUACCCUGGUCUGAACAAGGGCUACAACCAGAGCCAGCACACUGCCCAGCAGAACCAGGACCAGGGAAACCCCAGAGAGAGAGAAGAUCCGUCUGGGAGGAGGGAUGGGAGGGAGGGGAGGCAGCGCGGCCACAGCAGGAGGUCACGCUCCAGGUCUGGCUCUCGAUCUCCCAGGAGAAAGAGAUCCAGGUCCAACUCUCGCUCCCGGAAGCCCCGACACUCCUCCCAGCGCUCCGGGUCCCGUUCCAGGGAGAGUCGCUGGAACUCCCCUCGUUCCCGCUCGCAGGAGAGGAAGGAGAGAGAGAAGGACAAAGACCGUAGACAGAAAGGUCUGCCCAGCAUCAAGAGCCAGACACUCAGUGUUUGCACCACGACUCUGUGGGUGGGCCAGCUGGACAAGAAGACUUCUCGGCAGGACGUCAUGUGUUUACUAGAGGAGUUUGGGCAGAUUGACUCCAUUAAUAUGAUUCCUCCUCGGGGAUGUGCCUACAUAGUGAUGGUCCACAGGCAGGAUGCCUACAGAGCUCUACACAAACUCGGCAGAGGAUCCUUCAAGGUCAACCAGAAGGCCAUCAAGAUUGCGUGGGCCUUGAACAAGGGUAUAAAGGCGACCCAUAAGAAGUUCUGGGACGUGGAGCGGGGCGUCACCUACAUCCCCUGGAGCAAGGUGAAGAUAGAGGAGCUGGAGGGCUACAGGGAGGGAGGCAUGCUGGACGCAGACACACUCUGUCCAGAAUGGGGAGAUGAGGUGAAGGAGCUGACUAAACCAGCAGGACUGAACAACGGAGGAGGAGCGGAUGCCAUGGAAACCGAGGGAGCUGCCACCGCCCACGUACAGGUAACACCCGCUACAGGGGAGACGAUGACACACUACAGACACCAGGGUCCCAAUGAAACACACCAGGGUCCCAAUGAAACACAGCACAGACAGCAGGGUCCCAAUGAAACACACCAGGGUCCCAAUGAAACGCACCAGGGUCCCAAUGAACCGCACCAGGGUCCCAAUGAAACACACCACAGACAGCAGGGUCCCAAUGAAACGCACCACAGACAGCAGGGUCCCAAUGAAACGCACCACAGACAGCAGGGUCCCAAUGAAACGCACCACAGACAGCAGGGUCCCAAUGAAACGCACCACAGACAGCAGGGUCCCAAUGAAACGCACCACAGACAGCAGGGUCCCAAUGAAACGCACCACAGACAGCAGGGUCCCAAUGAAACGCACCACAGACAGCAGGGUCCCAAUGAAACGCACCACAGACAGCAGGGUCCCAAUGAAACGCACCACAGACAGCAGGGUCCCAAUGAAACGCACCACAGACAGCAGGGUCCCAAUGAAACUCACCACAGACAGCAGGGACCCAAUGAAACGCACCACAGACAGCAGGGACCCAAUGAAACGCACCACAGACAGCAGGGUCCCAAUGAAACGCACCACAGACAGCAGGGUCCCAAUGAAACGCACCACAGACAGCAGGGUCCCAAUGAAACGCACCACAGACAGCAGGGUCCCAAUGAAACGCACCACAGACAGCAGGGUCCCAAUGAAACGCACCACAGACAGCAGGGUCCCAAUGAAACGCACCACAGACAGCAGGGUCCCAAUGAAACGCACCACAGACAGCAGGGUCCCAAUGAAACGCACCACAGACAGCAGGGUCCCAAUGAAACGCACCACAGACAGCAGGGUCCCAAUGAAACGCACCACAGACAGCAGGGUCCCAAUGAAACGCACCACAGACAGCAGGGUCCCAAUGAAACGCACCACAGACAGCAGGGUCCCAAUGAAACGCACCACAGACAGCAGGGUCCCAAUGAAACGCACCACAGACAGCAGGGUCCCAAUGAAACGCACCACAGACAGCAGGGUCCCAAUGAAACGCACCACAGACAGCAGGGUCCCAAUGAAACGCACCACAGACAGCAGGGUCCCAAUGAAACGCACCACAGACAGCAGGGUCCCAAUGAAACGCACCACAGACAGCAGGGUCCCAAUGAAACGCACCACAGACAGCAGGGUCCCAAUGAAACACACCAUUCUGUGUGUUCUACCUCACCAUCUCGCAGACUUUUAUCCAGAGGUUUUGUGCCUUGGUUGUUUGUUUUUAUUGUUUUGUUGUUUUUAGCUGUUAUUAAAAAUUGCCGGUUUUAUGUGCCUCCAGUCCAGCCAAUAGGGUCAAUGGGUGGUCCCUCUGGAUUCCCUGGCCCUCCCCCCUCCCUCACCCCCGGGGGAACCCCUCUCUUCCUGCACGCUGGCUUCAACCCCACACAGCCUCCAGGUUUCCUUCAUCCAGUAGUGGGUGGACCAGGGAGCACCAAAGAUGACUCUGGAUCUAAAGACGAGGCUGGAGGGAGUGAUGGCCCCUCAGACACUCCAGACAUCCAGCUGGGAGCUCCAGGCCCAGGCGGACCAGGGGCCUUGAUAAGUCCUCCAGGCCCAGCAGUGUUACUGGGUACCAGGCCGGCCAUGCUGCCCAUGCAGCCUCGUCCGGGACUACCACCCCCUCACCUCCAGCCCCACUUCCCCCCUCACCUCCCUCCCCCCAACAUGCCUCCAAUGAUGAUGGGCCCCAGGGGCCCCAACCCUAUUUUUCACCCCAGGGGGCGUCCUCCAGGUGGGUUCAGGAUGCCCAUGGGCCACCAGUCCAUGGAGGACUUUCCUCACGGACCCCCCAGACAUCCCAUCCAGCCUGGACCCCCCAGACAUCCCUUCCAACCUGGACCCCCCAGACACCCCUUCCAGCCCGGACCCCCCGGGGAAGAAGAAGGCAACUGGGAGGGCGGGAGACACUUCAGGGGCGAGAGGUCAGGGUUUGGGGAACGUGACAGGGACGGAGGGAGGUUUGGGGAGCGGGGGAGAGGGUUUCCUAGAGGAGGAGGAGGGGGAAAUGGUCGGCCCAUGGAUGGGCCUGAGGGGAGGGACUGCUUCAUGAACCGACGGGAUAGAUUUGAAUGGUGAUGAGGCAGGGCCAGGAAUGUUCAG